UUCGAGAGUAGUCUUAAACGUUAAACAUGGCGGACGUCCAACGCUGGCCGGGACUGGUUCUCGCUGUUUUUACGUUAAUUGGCCUGGCUUUCCCGGUGUUGUUUGGUGCAUUUGUCCAAGGUUAUAAUCGCCCACUGCCUCGCAAGAACCUCUCCGCCCCUGUGGAUGAUCCUGGUUCUGCUUCUCCAAUACAGGUGCAUACUUCAGUAGUAGGCGAGGACAGAAUGGGGGUGGCAUGGAUCACAGACAUCCCUAGUCCGGCAACAGUGGUAUAUGGAUCAUUUCCAGGUGUUUAUGAAAGCACUGCAACUGGAAAUACAAGUUCCUACACCUACGGAAUAAUAUACACGUAUGGGGAUAUUCACGACGUCGUUAUCGGUCCGUUGAAACCCAACAUGCAGUACUACUACCGCUGUGGCUCCUCUCAUUCGGAUCCUGAGUUCAGUUUCAAAACCCCGCCUGCAGCAUUCCCUAUCACAUUUGCAGUCGUAGGUGAUCUUGGACAAACUGAAUGGACCUCCUCAACCCUCCAACACAUAGCUAAAACAAACCACGACAUGUUGUUACUACCAGGAGACUUAUCCUAUGCAGACUUGCGCCAAAGUAAAUGGGACUCAUUUGGCCGUCUGGUGCAGCCACUGGCAAGCCAACGGCCUUGGAUGGUCACACAAGGCAAUCACGAGGUCGAAAAGAUCCGGAUCUUCCACCCGCAUGCCUUCACCGCAUACAAUGCGCGGUGGCACAUGCCAUAUGAAGAGAGCGGAUCAGACUCAAACCUCUACUACUCAUUCAAUGUAGCCGGAGUUCGUGUCAUCAUGUUGGGGUCGUACACUGAUUUUGAUCCUAGUUCUGCACAGUAUCAGUGGUUGCAAGCGGAUUUGGGAAAGGUCGACAGGGGGAGGACGCCGUGGAUCAUCGUGCUUAUCCAUGCUCCUUGGCACAAUUCUAAUAAAGCUAAUCAGGGUGAGCCUGAAUCUGUUGGCAUGAAGGAGGCCAUGGAAGAUUUGCUCUAUCAAGCUCGUGUUGAUGUGGUUUAUGCAGGGCAUGUACAUGCCUACGAGCGUUUUACUCGCGUUUACAAGGAUCAAGCUAAUAAUUGUGGUCCAGUACUUAUUACCACUGGAGAUGGUGGCAACCGUGAAGGCUUUGCUAGCAAGUAUUUGAAUCCGAAACCCGAAAUAUCGGCUUUCAGGGAGGCAAGCUUUGGGCACGGGCAAUUGGUUGUAGUGAAUGCAACCCAUGCACAGUGGACAUGGCAUCGGAAUAGUGAAACAAAUGCAAGUGAUUCCAUUUGGCUCACAAGCCGCGAAUCUGAUCCUGCCUGCAACAGGUAAACUUGUAAUUAAUUAAAUAAAAUAAAAGUAUAUGUGUUGAGGGUUGAAUCGUUAUAUUAUUCUUCUCUCUAGGAGACAUAUAUAUAAUUGUACAAGAGGUCCAAUAAGUUAGUGAACAAGAAUCUCAAAUAUACAAUGAAUCAAUCAUGUAAUCCUAUUCUGAUUACAUUCCUAAAACAUAUAGUUGACUCACACUAACACUCCCCCUCAAGUCGGUGCGUAAAUAUCACCUAAGCCCAACUUGUCGAGUGAGUCUUGAAAAACCUUCACUAACACUGCAUGAGUUGACACAUCAGCUAACUGUUCUUCAGACCUCACAUACAGAAUGUCAAUCAGCUUAACGUCCA